GAGGAUGAAAUUAAAGAGGCUGUGAUAAAAGCGAUAAAUCCGGCGUUAAGCCUAAGAAGUUAUUUGGAGGGUAAGGUAGAUUUAACACUGGCCAAAUUGAGGAGAAUUAUGCGUUCUCAUUAUCAGGAGAGAACAGCAACCGAACUAUAUCAUCAGUUGAGCUCAACUGUCCAACAGCCAAAGGAAAAACCUCAAGAAUUCUUGAUCCGCCUUCUCGAUUUGAAACAGAAGAUCUUGUUUGCAUCUCAAGAAACUGACUCGGACCUGAAAUAUGAUCCUACCUUAGUACAUGGCAUGUUUGUCCAUAGCUUUUCCCUUGGCCUGCAAAGUGAGAAUAUCAAGAUCGAAAUGAAGCCUUACUUGGAAAAGAAAUUUAUAAGCGAUGAAGAACUAUUCGAGAAAUUAAAUGUGUGUUUCAGUGACGAACUGGAGCGAUCACAGAAAUUCGGUUCACAGCUAACCCCCAAGGUAAAUGCUGUUCAAAAGGGAGGGGACAAGCAGGAGACAAAGAAUAAUGGGGUGGAGGAAGGUCUCAUGAAAGAACUAAGGGAGCUCAAGGCAGAAGUGGCCGCAGUCAAAGAGAGAGUUCGGGCCCCACUCCGGGCUCAAACCCCCCUCACACAACAGCCUAUGAGACAACCCCCACUGUGUAGGACCUGCCAACAAAGUGGGAAUGGAUGGCCGUGCAACCAUUGCUUCAGGUGUGGGGCGAGUGGCCAUUAUGUACGCGAGUGUAAUGCCCAAUUCAGCCGACGCUCUCCGGCAGAAUCUCAGGGAAACGGCCAGAGGUCACGCCCAUGGGACAGGGUGUGACCAGGCAAGAAAAUCAGUCCCGUUACGUGCAGUGUGGAAAACAAAGCACAGACCAUGUACCACUUAACCGCUGCGGAGCCUGUAAGAUCAAUAGAUAUUAUUCAAAAGAAUGUCAAGUAAAAUACAGAACUGUGCAUAAACCAGUUUGCAUGGCUAUACAGGAACUUGAGAAACAGAAAGCAGCCGGAGAUGAUGGCGAUGAUUUGAACACGACGUUUCCCUGCCACCUGACGCCAAGGCAGCAGCUCGGACUGACAAAAAUCGUGGGACGGAGGUGCGUGGUAAAAUGCCUAAUUCAAGGAAAGGAAGUGGAGGCAUUAUGGGAUACAGGUUCCCAGGUUUGUGUUGUGUCAAGGAAGUGGCAACAAACUCACUUACCGCUGGAGGUGUUAAGAAAUGUUGAAGAGUUGUUGGGAGCAGGAGAAGAGUUGAAUUUGGAAGCGAUGAAUGGGACAAACAUUCCAUUUGACGGUUGGAUUGAGGUCGGGUUUAAGUUGGCUGGAGAUGAUACAACUGCUCAUGAGCUGACAGUUCCAGUACUGGUGGGACAAAAGGAACAAGAGUACCCAAUCAUUGGCUUCAAUGUUAUAGAAGAAGUCCUCGCUCAACAUGGUGGAAACCACCAAGCGGCAAGUAACAUCAUUCAGUCAUUCCCUUCAAUUCAUCAUACUCGCGUAGGUACCCUGAUCAAUCUGAUCCAGUCAAGAACACAGGAUACCGGUACUGCAGCUGUUAAAGUCGGAAAAGAGAUGUUAUGCUGCCAAAAGGAGAGGCAACGACAGUUAAGUGUCAAACUCACCUCGGACCAGUUCCAGAGGGGAUGCCAGUAAUAUUUGAGCCCAAGGAAGACAGCGAGCUCCCAGACGGACUGGAAUUGGGCGAGGAACUUACUAAAAUAACCCCGGGAACCUCUAGUCACGUGGCCGUCGUGGUCCAAAACAAUACAGACAGAAACAUCUUGUUAAAGCGCAGAACAGAAUUGGGCCGGAUACACCUGGUAAAGUCAGUUCUACCAAUUCCAAAUACUCCCGACUCGUACUCUCGAGGAGACGAGGAUUUUACCCUGAAGCUACCUUGCAUCCUGGUCAGGAACAAGAUGGAUGGGAGCCACCAGUUGACUUGAGUCAGCUAGAAGACAAUGAACAAUUGAUCGUCCACGAAAUGCUACGGCAAGAAGCUGGUGCCUUUGCAAGAAACGACGAUGAGGUUGGCUGCGUGGAGAACUUGGUGCUUGAUCUCCAGUUAAAGGACAAU